GCAUUUUUCAUCUGGUAGUGCUAUAUAUAGAACAUGAAUUUCUGCUAAACUUCUUGCAAAAUCAAAUGGUUUCAAAUGAUGAAACGGCUCAGAGGAUGUCCUCGAAAAGAUUAAUUGGCAAAGUUGCUGUUAUAACUGGUGGUGCAAGAGGAAUAGGAGCUGCCACGUCGAAAUUGUUGGCUGAGAAUGGAGCUCAUGUCAUCAUAGCUGACAUACUCGACGAAUUAGGAGCAAAACUAGCCGAUUUCAUUGGAGGCCGAUACGUACACUGUGAUGUCUCGAAAGAAUACGAUGUUGAACACGCAAUUCAAUUUGCACUAAAAUGGAAAGGUCGAAUAGACAUCAUGUUCAACAAUGCUGGCAUAGCAGGACCAGAAGGGAGCAUAAUGAACCUCAAAAUGGAUGAUCUGAGGGCAUUGGUCGAUAUAAAUUUGAAUGGAAUAGUACACGGAAUCAAACACGCUGCUCGAGCGAUGAUUGAGGCUAAAAGAGGCGGUUCCAUAAUAUGUUCAUCAAGUUCUGCAGCCAUCAUGGGAGGCCUGGCAGCCCAUGCCUAUACAUUGUCAAAAGAGGCCAUUCUUGGUCUGGCCAGGAGCACGGCAUGUGAGCUCGGGGUACAUGGCAUACGCGUGAAUUGCGUUUCACCCCACGGGGUGCCGUCCGAGAUGCUCAUGAGUGGCUACAGAAAGUUCCUUGGGAACGAAGAUUUGAAGCCGGAGGAUGUUGGAAAGAUUGUGGCGGAAAGAGGGAGCCUUAUUAAGGGAAGAUGUGGGAGUUUUGAAGAUGUUGCACAGGGCGUCCUUUUUCUAGCGAGCGAUGAAGCGGGAUUUAUAACAGGGCACAAUCUAGUUAUAGAUGGGGGUUAUACUUCUGCUUGUAGUCAAAUGAGCUUCAUGUACAAAGGCUAAUAGUUCAACAAAACAAAAAGAAUAAUCUCGCACAAUAGAAUAAUGCUAUCUAACACCAGUGAUACUAGAGCAUCGGUUUAUGUAGCAUUAUGCGAGGUGAAAUUAUGUGAUAUCUUUAAUUGAAUCUGUAAUUUAACGUUACUAGUAUUGUCAUCUA